AUGAGUAGCUGCAACUUCGGGGCCGAGCCUGAGUUGAUGCCCAAGGCGCCGUCCCAGAGGAGGCGCCCCAGGAAAAGGCAGUCCUGGGGAAUGAAGGAGGAGAGUGAGGAGCUGAGCAGGAGGAGGUUGUCCAGAAGGAGAAGCAGCAUCAAGGCAGUAUCUUCCAAACCCAGCUCCCAACAGCAGCACAGGGAGGAGCAAGGCCAGAAGCCCAGUGCUCAGGGGGAGGAGGUGGCUGUGCCCAGCUGUGCCAGGAGGUCCCAGGCCAGGGAGCUCCCUGAGCCAGCUGGGAAGGGACUGGAAGAAGGUCCCGUGGUGACAGCAGAUGGCCAGGACUGCCCUGGGGGUGCUGGCAGGAGGGAUGGAGCCCAUGGAGCUGCCACGGGGGCUGCAGCCACUGAGCUGCAGGACGUGUCCUCUGCCCCUGCCAUCCCUGGGGGCCUGACGGCGGAGGAGGAGGAGGCCCCCAAAAGAAGAGCAAGUACCUCCACCCCCAAGGCUGCUAGAGGUGGAGAUCCUGCCAUGCUCCAACCAGAUCUGUCUCCUGGAAGCCUCGCAAAGCUGCUUUUCCAAGCCUCUGAGAGCAGAACGGCCCUGGGGAGCUCCAAAACGCGCUGUCGCUCUGGGCGCCGCAGCCUGGUGGGAGGUUCCCACGGGAGCCACAGGGCAUCCCUGGCACAGAGGUGUUCCCUGGCUGGCAGGAGGACCAGCGCGAUGCAGAGGUCUGUCAGCAGGGCGAGGUCCAAGAAGGCAGCAGGGCAGGAAUCAUCCUCUGCCUCCAGCAGGGUGAGCUGUCAAAGCUCCCUGGAGGUUUUUGUGGAAGAUGAUGUGAGCAGCAGCGUGAGACCUGGGCUGGAACUGCAUCCCCCAAGUAAAAAGGCUGCUGAGGGUGUCCCCCCUUCAAGCAAAAGCCUCCAAGCUGCCAGCCCUCCUGCACAGCACGUGCCUCCUGCAGAGCAGCAGGCAGGCAGCACUGAAGGAAGCUCUGUAAAGCCCAGCAGCCAGAGCCAGAAGGAGGAGCAGGAGCAGCCCAGCACUGCCAAGUCCCAGGAGAAUCCCUCACGCAUCUGGACAAGGAACUACAAACAGGCCAUGGGUGCUCUGUGGGGGCAGCAGCCAGGGGGUCGCCCCCUUUCCCCUCUGGAUGACAAGAACAGGAACCCAGCAACCCCAGCUCCACCCUGUUCCUCUCCAGCUAGCAAGGUGGUCAGGCCACUGAGGAACUUCCUGCAGGCUGUGCAGGGCACCCCGGGCUCUGCCGGACGUGGGGGCGUCAUAAGGAGCUUCAUCAAACGUGGCACCGCCAGCCGGCCUGACAUCAAGGAGAAGGAGCGGCAGAGGCUGGAAAGCCUCAGGAAGAAGCAGGAGGCUGAGGAACAGAGGAGGAAGAAAGUGGAGGAGGAAAAGCAGCGACGACAGGCAGAAAUGAAGCAGAGGAGGGAGGAGCGGCUGCGCAAGGCGCUGCAGGCGCGGGACCGGGUGGAGCAGAGGGAGGAGCAGCAGAAGAAGCGGAUGGAGCAGAAGAUGCUGCAGAGCCAUGAGAAGGUUCCUCUCCCACAGGCGCGGGAGGAGAGAGGGGCCGAGGAGCGGGGCAAGAGCUCCUGGAUAAAGUGGUUUGAGGAAGGGGUUCUGCAGGAGCCCCGGGAGCUGCUGGGGGAGGAGAAAAAAACCAAGCAGCCAGAAGCUAAACCCAUCUACACAUCCUACUUGGGGCCCCUGAAAGGCACAGAGAAAUCCAGAUCCCCAAAGGGAAAUGAAAAUAACUACGGGAUAGAUCUGAACAGUGGUGAUUCUACAGAUGAUGAGAAUGAGCCUCGGAAGCCUGUUCCUGCCUGGGCUUAUGGGACUCAGCUUAAUCAAGCCAUUACACACCAGUACCAUCACCCUGUGGAUGUGGACCAGCUCUUUGGGGUGAUUCCAAGCCCCAGGCUGGAGGAUAUUUUUGGCAAGAACAAACCCCGGUACUUCAAACGCACGAGCUCAGCAGUCUGGCUCUCCCCUCCUGGCAUCAGAGGGACCUGCUGCCCAUCGUGUGACUUUGAGAACUGA